AUGCCACCAAUUCGCAAUAAAAAUAAGAAAGAUUUAGCCGAGCAAGAAGGACGAAUCUUAUUAGCUAUUUCCGAUUUACAAAAUGGACGAAUCUUGCGCGUGGCUCAAGCUGCAAGGAUUUACAGUAUACCCCGGGCGACUCUACAAGACAGAUUAAACGGCACUCAACAAAGAUCUCAAGUUCGCGCCAACAGUCAUAAAUUAACUCAGUGUGAGGAGGAAUUGCUUGUCGAAUGGAUACUCGAUCUAGGUAAACGUGGAUUACCCCCUCGACACUCUCUUGUACGAGAGAUGGCCGAUUAUCUUCUUUCGCAACGCGGAAACCGCCGGGUUGGAGAGAAUUGGGUAUAUAACCUUGUCAAACGUCGCCCAGAGAUUGAAUCAAAGUUCUCACGGAAAUAUAACUAUGAACGCGCCAAAUGUGAAGAUCCGAAGAUAAUCCAAGAGUAUUUUGAUCGCGUACGAGAGGUUAUAUUAGAGGAUGGGAUCUUGCCAGAAGAUAUCUACAAUUUUGAUGAGACUGGCUUUGCUAUGGGACUCUGUGCGACUGCAAAGGUUAUCACUGGAAGCGAUCGAUAUGCUCGGCCAAAGCUAUUACAGCCUGGUAACCGAGAAUGGGUAACUGCAAUUGAGGCAGUUAAUUCGAUUGGAUGGGCAUUGCCUUCGUACAUUAUUUUCAAGGCAAAGAAAUACACUCGAUUAGGCUGGUUUGAGGAUCUUCCAGACGACUGGAAAAUCAAUAUUAGCGACAAUGGAUGGACGACAGAUAAGAUUGGAUCAGAAUGGCUUAAAACUCAUUUUAUUCCUCUUAUUGAUGGCCGUACAUUGGGAAAAUAUCGGAUGUUGAUUCUUGAUGGCCAUGGAAGCCAUUUAACUGCUGAAUUUGACCGUACAUGCACUGAGAAUAAUAUUAUUCCGGUCUGUAUGCCUCCUCAUUCUUCACAUCUUUUACAGCCUCUUGAUGUUGGUUGUUUUGCUGUUUUAAAGCGAGAAUAUGGACGGCUUAUUGAGCAGCGAAUGAGGCUUGGAUUCAAUCACAUUGACAAAAUCGACUUUCUCACUUCAUUCCCGAAGGCUCGUACGAUGGCAUAUAAAGCUCAAACUGUUCGGAAUAGCUUUAUGGCAACUGGAUUAGUACCAUUCAAUCCAGAUCGAGUUUAUCAACAGCUUACUCGCCAAAUGACUACUACGAAGAAGAGAAUAAGCCGGCAUACAAGGAGUUCAUCUGAGGCUAUUGGUGAAGUGUUUACACGGGCAUCAAAGGCUUAUGAGAUGAGUAUUAAUAAGCUUACAAUUGCACAGAAGGAACUCCAUGAUCUACGGGCUGCACAUGAGAAGGAGAAGCAAAAACGUCGAAGAUCUAAGCAGCAAAUAUCUCAUGAGCAGGGAAUUACCAGAGAGGAAGCUCAAGCACUCGUACAAGGUCGGGUUGAAGCAUCCCAAGCUGUUACUACUGCUCCGGCCGAGCCUGAGCUUCCAGUCUGUCAUCCACCUGUACGACGUCAAUUUCGCUGCAGUGGUUGUGGUGUUGCAGGACAUAAAAUAACCGGAUGUCCUAAUCGUAUUAGGAAUUAA